GAGAAGGUUCUGAUCGUGUACGCCCACCAGAGUACUGGGUCAUUUAACGCUGCAGCUAAAGAUGCAGCUGUGACAGCUCUGACUGCUCAGGGCUGUAAGGUGGAGGUGUCUGACCUCUACGCCAUGAAGUUUAAAGCCUCUGCUACUGUUGAUGACAUCACUGGUAACAGUCUGAACCAUGCGUUACUUCAUUACAGUAGUGAAUGAUAAGUGUAUAAGCUUGAGUGCCUAUUAAAUGCUUAAGGUCACAACAAUUUUCUGUUGGCAAGAGCUUUUUCUUUUCUACCUCAACUUGCUUAGUCUCAGUCUGUUAUGAUUUAUCAGGGGAGGUGAAGGAUGCUGAGCACUUCCAGUAUGGAGAGGAGACCAUGCUGGCAUGGAAGGAGGGCCGACUCUCUGCUGAUAUCACUGAGGAACACUGCAAACUCUCUGAAGCGGAGCUUGUCAUAUUCCAGGUGAUCUCCUGCAGUACUGUGAAGUGUCUUAGGCUUACGUUGAUGAAGCCAAUUUUCCUAUCCUCAUUUUAAGUGUAGAGCCUUUAGUGCUUUUUGGAUGGUGGCUGAAAUGCACCCAUUCCAGGUACUGGUUUUUGACUAGUGUCUCAUCUCUCAGUUUCCUAUGUACUGGUUCACUGUUCCUGCCAUCAUGAAGGGCUGGAUGGACCGGGUGCUCACACUGGGAUUUGCCUACACCUCAGAAAAGAGGUACAGCCAGGGCAUCUUCAAGGUAGGGGAUGCAUGUAGGGCCUAUGUAGAUUACAUUUUCAACCAGCAAUGAUCAAGAAAUGACUCAGAUUUUGUUCUUACUGUUACAUCAGCUGUUGUACAAUGACACAGGAGACAUUUACUGCAAUGGGCUUUUUAAUAACACCACAAAUAGUUGGUUUACAUGCUUCUUCAAGGUUUCUCCCAUUCUGUGGUCCAUUCAUAUCAAUGUCUCCUCACCUUGUUUCCCUCCAGGACAAGAAAGCCAUGCUGUCCUUCACCACUGGAUCCCAGGAGUCUAUGUUCAGUGCCAAUGGUAUCAAUGGAGACAUGAAUGUCACCCUGUGGCCACUGCAGGUAUGUUAGGCUUGGCUGACACUACCAGCAUGUAGACUGCUGUACUGCAACGUGCUUUAGCUUUCUAUAUGUUAUCUCCACUGGAUGUCUGCUUUUAUUAUAAGCAUUUGACUUCCAGGUUGGAAAGUGCUAAUUUUAAUGAUUGGAGGACUGCUUCAGUUGGACAAAUCAAUUCAUGUUUUAUAUACUUUGGCAUGGUUAUUGAAUAAGUUCAUUCCCUCUCUUUAGAACGGCAUCCUGCACUACUGUGGUUUCCAGGUUCUGGCUCCUCAGAUCUUCUGGGCUCCACCCCACAUCCCCGCUGAGGCUCGGGACAGCAUGCUGGAGGCAUGGCGCACACGGCUGCAAGGGCUUCUGGGAGAAGUACCGCUUACUUUCACACCCUCUGACAGCUUUGAUGGUGGGAGGGGCUUCCAGCUCAAAGAGGAUGUCCAGGAGAAGCACUCAGCCAAUGCGUUUGGCCUGUCUGUCGGAAUCCACCUGGGCAAGCCCCUCCCACCCAACAGCCAGCUCAAAGCUGGGGUG